UUUCUUUAAAUAUUAUCAUCCCCUUUUAGCCAACAACACAAAGCAACCAAAGCAAGUGAAAAAAAUUGAAAUCAUCAAUCAUGUCUUCUUCUUGUCUUGUUUUGUUUCUUCAUUUUCUCUUGCUUUUAAAAUUCAGUUCCUUAUCUGAUGCUUCUUCUGUCUAUGACUCAUUCAUCAAUUGCCUCUCCACCAAAUCAAUUCCCCAAUCAGAAAUCUCCAAAAUCGUCUACUCCCCAAAUAACCUCUCCUUUAAUUCCAUUUUACAAGCCUAUAUUAGAAAUCGUCGAUUUUUUAACUCCUCCAAAACUUCCAAACCGGCCAUCAUUGUCACCCCUACGGAAGAAUCCCAUGUCGCUGGCAUUGUCCUUUGUACCAAAGAGAUCAAUUUACAGCUUAAAAUUCGCAGCGGAGGCCAUGAUUAUGAGGGCAUUUCAUAUAUGUCGAAUGUACCUUUUAUUAUUCUUGAUAUGUUUAAUCUCCGAGCAAUUUCCAUAGAUGUCAAUGAUGAAACGACUUGGGUACAAGCAGGUGCUACUUUAGGGGAACUUUACUACAACAUUUGGAUGAAAAGUGAAGUUCUUGGUUUUCCGGCGGGUGUUUGCCCUACUGUUGGUAUUGGUGGGCAUGUCAGUGGCGGUGGAUACGGGAAUAUGCUUCGUAAGUUUGGACUCAGUGUUGAUAAUGUAUUGGAUGCUCGACUGGUGGAUGUUAAUGGUAGAAUUCUUGACAGGAAAUCAAUGGGUGAAGAUGUAUUUUGGGCAAUUAAAGGUGGUGGUGGUGCUAGUUUUGGUGUCAUUUUAGCCUUCAAAAUCCAACUUGUUCAAGUUCCACAAACUGUGACUUACUUCAAAGUUGAAAGGUUUUUAGACCAGAAUGCUACUGAUAUUGUUGUCCAGUGGCAGAAUGUUGCUAGCAAAAUUGACAAUAAUCUCUUCAUAAGGCUACUUAUACAACCCGUUACAGCAAAAAAUAAAGAAAAGGUCGAGGGUGCAGAGGACACAAAGACUAUACGUGCAACAUUCAUAGCGUUGUUCCUCGGUGAUUCUAGUACACUAAUGUCUCUUGUAAGCAAAGAAUUCCCUGCUUUGGGAUUAACAAAGAAGGAUUGUUUCCAAAUGAGGUGGAUUGAUUCAAUCCUGCUGUGGGCAAAUUUCGACAACACGGCAAGGCCAGAAGCCUUGUUAAACAGAACAGGGGAUUCAUUAGUUUUCUUGAAAAGAAAAUCGGAUUACGUUCUAGAACCAAUACCUAAAGAUAAAUUGGAAUCAAUUUUUCAGAAGAUGAUUUCUUUGGGAAAAGUAGGGCUAGUUUUCAAUCCUUAUGGAGGAAGAAUGAAUGAAAUUCCCGAGGACGAAACUCCAUUUCCUCAUAGGGCAGGGAUUAUUUUUAAGAUUCAGUAUUCAGCGAAUUGGAAUGAAUCGGGAUUAGUGGCAGAAAAAGAUUACCUUUCACAGAUAAGAGAUUUGUACAGCUACAUGACUCCAUUUGUUUCAAAGAACCCUAGACAAGCCUAUCUUAAUUACAGGGAUCUUGAUAUUGGUACAAAUGAUCAAGGCCCAAACAGCUUAGAACAAGGACGAAUAUACGGGACCAAGUAUUUCAAGAACAAUUUUAAUAGAUUGGUAAAAGUGAAAUCAAUGGCGGAUCCACAAAAUUUCUUCAAAAAUGAGCAGAGUAUUCCUACUCAAACUCACUCCAUUCAUGCCAAAUGGACAAGAAAAUAUAGGAGGAUGUUCCAAUCAAGGUGAAUACUUCAUCCAAGUUCCAAGCUAUGUUCUAAUAAUUCAAAUGUCAAGUAUAUAUCCUUGUCCGGCGAAUGCAGUGGUGGCACUUGGAGAGACUAGGU